AUGUCUUUUCACAAAGAUGCCCUGAGAACCAUAAGCCAGGCAGCCCUGAAAACCAUGUAUCUGACACAGAUAGGAGUUGGGUCUCUGGCCAAUGCCAUCCUUUUCUCCCGCAGCAUCUCUCCAGUCUUGCUUGGCCACAAGCAGAGACCUCCACACACGAUUCUCACCCACGUGGCCCUGUCCAAUCUUUUGUUUCUUCUGUCCUCUGGGGUUCCCUACACAAUGGCUGCUUUUGUUUUGAGGAAGCCCCUGUCUGGCUUUGGGUGUAAGUUUGCAUAUUACAUCCAGAGGGUGGCUCGCAGCACCGCCCUAUGCUCCACCUGCGUCCUGAGCAUCUGUCUGGCCUUCACUCUCACCCCCAGCAGAGCGGAGUGGGUGAUGCUCAGAGGAAGGGCCCCCAGGGUCACUGGUCCUUCCUGCUGCACCUGCUGGAUGCUCAGUCUCUUAAUAUACAUCCCUGUUCCAGUGAAAAUCACUGGUCCGUGGGACACACACAACUCUACGGAUUCCCAAGGCAAUUGGUUCUGCUCGGUCUCAGGUAAUGUCAUAGGCUUUGGCUACUUGUGGUCCAUCUCUGAUGUCAUGUUUAUUGGCCUCAUGGCCUGGUCCAGUGGCUCCAUGGUGCUUCUCCUGCUCAGACACCACCAGAGGGUUCAGUAUAUUCACACCCCCACUGGGCACCACGGAUGCCCCCCGGAGACCAGAGCCGCCCACACCAUCCUGAUACUAGUGGUCACCUUCGUCACCUUCUACCUGCUGGAUUGCAUUUUUGUUUUUCAUAUCAGUGCCUCUUCAGAUUUUCGUCUCUGGUUGCUCCAGGUCUCUAAUGUCUUGGCUUCUUGUUUCCCCACUAUUUCCCCGCUCCUGCUGCUCCUGAGGGAUCCUAGAACUCCUAGGUUCUGCUCUUGA